AUGACUACUCCUGUUCAACCUGAAAAAUUCAUUGGUGCUAACUUACAUGUUAAGUUGACUGAUUCUCGAUUACUUGAAGGUACUCUUACUGUUGUGGAUCCCUUUGGAAACUUGCUUUUGUCUAAUGUGUUUGAAACUUCAAUAGACAGGCUCAAUUGCCGACAAUUACAUGUGAGAGAAAUUGGUUUAGUUAGUGUCCCAAGGGAAAGAAUAGUAAAUAUCAAGGUUGAUGAAAAAACUCAUGCAAGUAUAUUUGGUUAG